AUGUUGAAUGACAGGUCUGGCACUCUGGACUUAAACUCAUGUUCUAAGGAGGAGAUACUGAGCUGUUGGCGCACCAGUGAUAGGAAACUAACGUUUUUCAUUCAGACAGUGUUCGACAAUACAGUCCAAUGCUACCGUGUGCGUUGGGAAGAAUUGGUUCCCAAUCUGCCUGUGGAGCAUGCCAUGACCUACAACGUCUCGCAUUGGUAUGGUGGAGCCGAGACUGCCAUACAGCAUUGGCCUAUCUCUAUCUCCGGGCAGCAGGCACCCAAACCCUUUGUCACCAGUGAUAUCUACUCAAACCGAAAUGGCUUUGGGGGUAUCUUGGAGCGCUACUGGCUCUCGUCCAAUGCCACGGCUAUUAAGAUCAAGUCUCUGCCCUUUCAUCUGGGCUGGAACGACACAGAGAAGACCAUGUACUUCCAGGCGAGGUACCAUGACACCCCCUACAAGCCAAACCCUGGUGAGGCACCUUGUGCUGAACUCAGCUACAGAGUCUGCAUGGGCUUAGACAUCACAUCCAUUCACAAGUACAUGGUGUGCAGAUACUUUCAAAAGCCCAACAAGGUGCCUUCCAAAGCCAUGUUCCGCCAUCCCAUUUGGUCCACUUGGGCAUUAAACAAGACUGACAUAGACCAAGAGAAACUGUUGAAGUAUGUGGCCAACAUCCGCAAGCAUAGGUUCAACUGUAGCCACCUGGAGCUAGACGACCGCUACACAAACCGCUAUGGGGAAUUUGAGUUUGACUCUGCCAAGUUUCCCAACGCUGCAGCUAUGUUCCAGAAGCUCAAAGCAGGCUGCUUUCUGGUCACUCUCUGGACACACCCUUUUGUCAACUAUGACUCUGAGAAUUUCCACACCUGUGUGGAAAAUGGGCUGUUUGUCCGCGAACCUACAGGUCGUCUUCUGGCUUUGGUAAGCUGGUGGAAUGGCAUCGGGGGCAUUCUGGACUUCACCAACCUAGAGGCCCAUGAUUGGUUCACCUCCCAGCUACGGUCCUUACGAUCCAAGUACGGGGUGUCCUCCUUCAAGCUGGACGCGGGCGAGACAAACUACUUGCCCUGGCAGUUCAGCACAAAGACACCUCUUCGCGACCCUAGUACGUUCACCUGUCGCUACACCGAGAUGGCUAUUCCCUACAACGAGCGGGCCGAGCUGCGCUCCGGCUACCAGUCCCAGAACAUCUCCUGCUUCUUCAGGCCCAUUGACUGGGAGUACGAUAGCGAGGUGAUGGAGAUUGCCCGGAAGUACACUGCGAUCCAUGAGAGUAUAGUGGCCCCAAGGGUUCUGGAACUGGCUGGGGAGGUUCUGGACACAGGAGACCCCAUCAUACGACCCCUGUGGUGGAUUGCCACCGGCGACGAGACUGCCUAUAAGAUUGACUCUCAGUUCCUAAUAGGGGACGACCUCAUGGUGGCUCCAGUGUUGGAGCCUGGAAAGCAGGAGAGGGACAUCUAUCUACCAGCUGGGUGCUGGCAGAGCUACAAGGGAGAACAGUUUGAUAUUAAGGAGCCUCUGCACCUUACGGACUAUCCGGUAGAUCUUGAUGAAAUUGUUUACUUUGUCUAG